CCGUGCUUAGCUGGCUCACAGCGCGAGGGGAAACUCAUUCCUUCCCGCACCCCUCCUCCUCCCACUCUUGUGCAGACUCCCCACUCGCGGCGCAGCUGAGCGCGCGGCACUGCGGGACCCCAGCGCCGAGCCUCGCUCAGUGAUGGCCUCGUCUGUGCAGCUCCAUCCAGAUCUUGACGACUGCAAAUAGAGUGCUCACGCACACACUCCUUGGACAACUGUAACACACACACUUCCACACACACACACACACACACACACACACACACACACACACACACGCAGCAUGUAUAGUGUGGAGGACCUGCUCAUCUCGCAUGGAUACAAGCUCCCGCGGAAGCACAGUCCUCCCCCGGCUCCUCGGCGAGCUCCAGGGGAGGGGGGCCCGCCGUACGGCUAUCCCAGCCGAAGCAGCUCAGCUCUGGGCAGCCUUACGUCGGCGUCAGGCUCUACCUCCAGCAGCCACAGGGACCUGGUACACUCCCAUGGGCGAUCAGUGCUCGCUGACCCUGGGUUCUGUGACACUCAGCGUGGUGUGUAUGUCCAGCCUCACAGUGGUGACCGGGGCAUAUCCUACUGGAAGCGCCGUGGCCAGGACUUCAGCGCCCUCCUGGACUACGCCGACGGGCGCGUGCCGAUGGGCAUGCAGCGGGCCGAGGGCCGGUCCAUGACCGCCCGGGAGAGAGAGCUGGCACUGCAGCAGUGGCGUCUGGCGGCCGAGCGGCGGCAGCACGGCGAGGUGGGCAUGGAGCGGUGGGCACAGCAGCAGCAGCAGCAGCAGCACCACCACCUGCAGCAGGAACAGCCGCGGCGGCCUCGGACGGCAGAGGGGGCAGUGCCACCCAGGACCAAAGCCAAGUCCCAGUCGCUGCCCCGCAUGGCGCUCCCCACGGGGCCGCCCCCGGGAGGCCGAUCCUGCCUGAGCGCAGCGCCCUCGAGCCUCCAUCUUCAUGACGGAGGCGCCUGGAUGGUUAACCCCAUCCCACAGGCUCGCGCUAGGCAGAGCCGCCCCCCCCGACCUCCCUCUUACGAGGUUCACCAGCAGACCCGAGCCAGUGGCGAGGGCCCCAUGUCCAGACCACCAUCCCGGCAGGAGUACUGCCCCUCGGAGCCCCCAGGCUAUAUGCCCCCGCCUUCCUACCGCAGGCAGCCCAUCAUGGGAGGGGGUCACGGGUACCGGGAGCUGCUGGCGGGGUACAUGUACCGGAAUGAUCCGUACCAGCAGGGCUUGCCUUUGUCGGAGGGGGUGCAGUGGUACGCACGACAGGCUGGAACUUCCUGGCCCGAUCACCAUGUCGACGGGCGGAGGAGCGCUCCGUGCCGAGCGGUGUUUCCGGUAUAUUCGGAUGACGGGCGAGGUGUGGUCCAGUACAUCCCAUUCGACGACCCGCGUGUGCGGCACAUUUCCAGUGGGCUGCUCACAGACGCCGACAAGAUCCGCAACAUCCAGAAUGAGAUCCCAGGCAUCACCGUGUCAGCGCAGUCGCCUGACGACAGCGCCUUCCUGUCCCCGCAGGAGUCUAUGGACAGCACCGACAUCACCACAGCCUGCCACGCUCAGUGGCCCAGUUACCCCGACAACCUCAGUUCUGCCCCGGAUCUUAACCGCAACCCCAGCGACUUGAACCGCAACCCAACUGACCCGACCUCCGACCCCUCCAGUAAGCGGCAGCCGGUGAGCUCUCGCCAGAGCUCCAGUUCAGACCAGGGCUUCUCUGAGACCAUCACCCAGGUGAAGAAGUUUGAGCCAGAGAUGGACAGCAAGAAGCCCGCCCGCCGGAGGCAGAAAGAGACUAUGUUCUGUCUGGUGUCUGUUCCAAUCGCCCCACAGGUCUCCAGGAACGACCCAGAUCAGAACAACAACAACAAAGCGCCCAGCCCGACUGUGAUGUCCAUGGUGACACAGCCUAGUAACCAAAGCAACGCCAGUAGCCUGUCGGCCACCAUCCCAGAGCCCCAGCCCGCUCCCGGCAGCCCCCUGGCCUCCAUGAUGUCCCGCCGCGCCCCUCUGAGGAGGGAGCUGGUGGACGCUUGGUCUCUCCAGGCCCGCUGCUCGGGCUCCUGGCCUGGAGACCAGUACCGGAACCAGCAGACCCAGACCGGCUCGCCCGAGAUCCCCAGAGUCCCUCCUCCGUCUCAGACGGCUCCCGAUGCGCCUUCCUCGGACAGCACCACCGACAGCGGUGUGGGGACGGACUGCUGUACCCCCUACAGCCUCCCUAUGAAAGUCAGCCCAACCAGCCCGGCCAGCCCAGUCCCUCUCGGCUACGGUCCCCACCGACAACACCCCCAGCACCCCAGCCCUUGCCCCGUCGCAGCCAGCCCCAGCCCCAGCCCCAGCCGGCCCCAGCAGGAGGUCAGGAGGUCUUCGGGCAGUUCCUGCUCAAGCCUGUAG